AGGUAAAAUUACAAGUUUACUGUCUGUUUACAACACAAAAAAAUGCAAGUCGAAAAAACGAUUACUUAUAACUUAUAAGUUGCAACUUACUUCAACUUUGCUUGUUUAUUUGGAUUUUCAGCUUUGAGUCUUUGACUAACAUGUGGCAAGGUUUAUUUGCGGGUUACUGGUGCAGUUAUUGGUAUCUUCUUUGAAUAUUCCCGCUUUGGUCCAGGAUUGUCGUCAGCUUGGCGGUGAAAUAGUUUUCUCUGAAGGUUUCUCCGUUUCUGUAUUCGAGUUUGCUCGGUUGUAGCAGGAGGCUCGUUGCUCUUCUGGUACAGGAACUUAAUAUGACAUCACCGGGCCGAUUUGCUGUUCCUCUGCAUCGGAAUGCUGUGGUUAUUGAAAUUGGCUCGAAAUUGACACGGCUUGGAUUCGCUGGCGAACCUGCGCCCGCCGCAAUUGUGCCAAGCUUGGGUCAAGUGGCGGAAGGCAGGGUUAGUGCAAACUCUUUUUUCAAAGUAAUAUGCGAUUGCAUAUUGAUGGUAAACAUUCUGGAGACGCGUUUUGCAGAGAGUUGGAGUUACUGGACGUCGGGGUUGGUCAAGCUGAGCGACAAGAAGCACUUCGGAAGCUUUUUCAAGAAUGCCUACUCUAGGAUUCUGCUAACAAAUUCAAAGGAUCGAAAAGUGCUCGUAAUCCUGAACCCCUUUGUUUCGGAAAAGGUGGAAAAAGCUAUUUUGGAUGUUUUACUCGUACACUUUGAGGUGCCAUCUGUUGCUUUUGUCGCUCCUCACAUGACAGUUUUUGCCGCUCUGGGAACACUGCACACUGGAUUUAUUAUCGAUGUUGGAAAUACGACAAGACUGAUUCCAGUUUGUACGAACACCGCUGUUGUGGCUUGGGAGAGUCUGCCGCACAUGGGCUUCAGUGCACUUGUCAAGUAUGUUGAACAAGAUUUGCCCAAAGCUCUCCAGGUUGUACGGUCUUUAAUAAAUUCAGUGCCGGAUGCGGAAGAUACGCCUUCCGUAGUUCCAGUACAGGCAACUGCAACUGAAAUUUGCCAUAAUCUGGAUAUGGAGGACUUCACCCAAAAUCUGAUCGACCGCUGGAUACCGUGCACAAUUUCGAAAAGGGCUAAAAAAUUAAGAAACGGCGAAGCGUAUAGUGAGACAUUUAAGGCUUUUCCGGAUCUUAGACUGCAUUUGAAAACAGGAAAUCAAGUUCAUGAGGUUGUUGUUUCUGGGAGAUUUGUAGAAGAAAUAAUGGAGACCUACUUUGCUCCUGACACCGAUGGCCAGAAUUUUCCCACGCAGAUACUGGAUUGUAUUCUUCGGUGCCCAGUCGAUCUAAGAACAGCGAUGACGCAGAAUAUGCUGGUUAUGGGUGGAUUAGCCGAAAUAAGAAACUUUAUUCCACGCCUUAGCACGGAAUUGUCGGAAUUGGUUAAGGAAGAACCAUAUGCCACCAGGUUACCCAAUGCUUCGUUUCGGUUCAUCUCUACAGAAAAAAUUCCUCCCAGUAUUGUGGCAUGGAAAGGAUGUAGCAUACUGGGACAUGCUAAUUAUUAUCCGGAUUGCAUUUGGAUAACUAGAGAAGAUCUCAUGCUGCGAGCUACUGGAAGUAACGCCUCGCAUUUGUUAAAGGAGUGGUGCUACGUCGGUAAAGACCGUAGGGUAGUACGGUAGAAUACGUUGCACAAACAUGAGUGCAUUUGUGUUAACUUUCAGUUUGACGUUGUCUUUCGUUCAUAGAUGUUCAACAUUUUAUCAUGGUUAACGUUAUCAAGUAAAAACUUAACAAGUGCAGGCUGUGUAAAAUUGUAAAUGGACGUAUUAAGUGGCCGGUUAUGUGUUGUAAAGUCUCAGCCAAUCCGUAGAUGCAUUUUGCAUUUCCGAUACAUGUUUGUACACCACGCAGCAACUUCAUACGCCAAACAUCGAAAAUAAAGAGUUGUUAUAAG